AUUGAGCACACACCACCACGAAUUCAACUCUGCGGAAUGACUCGUUGAACACCCCUGGUCCGACACCUUAUCACUGGAUGUUCUGAGCAAUGAUUGUUUGCUGCCUGAAAAAUGAUAGAGCUUGGUUUGGGUCGGAUCAGCCGCCUGCUCAAGCACACACCGCAGACGUGGAAAGCUAUACACGUCGCAGGUACUAAUGGGAAGGGGACAAUAUGUGCCUACCUCUCUUCCAUGCUCUGCGCGAGCGGUGUGCGCGUUGGCCGCUUCACAUCUCCCCAUUUGAUUGAUCGUUGGGAUGGUAUCACAAUCAACGACCAAACAGUCCAGGAGUCAGUCUUCAGACGUGCCGAGGAUCUUGUGAUGGACAGGAAUCAUAAGGGCGGCAUAGGAGCUACGGAGUUUGAGCUCCUUACAGCAACAGCAUUCGAAGUCUUUGCCCAGGAAAAAAUCGAGAUGGGCGUGAUCGAGGUUGGACUCGGAGGACGUCUAGAUUCGACAAAUACUAUGGAGCACAAGGUUGUCACAGUCAUAUCAAAGAUUGGGUUAGACCAUCAGUCCUUCCUAGGGAACACCAUAGAAGAGAUUGCCCGUGAAAAGGCAGGUAUCAUGAGACCCGGCGUACCGUGUGUUUUGGACGAAAGCAAUCCACCAGUCGUUCGGAAGGUCGUCGAGGACUACGCAAAAGAGAUCGGAACUGAUGUGAUAUUGAGUUCUACCGAGUCAGCCUUUCUCGACGGACUUUCGGAGGAGGAUUUUGAGCCCCACCAAUGGCAAAAUCUGGCAUGCGCAUACACGGCGUUCCAUCUGGCAUACACCAAGCCUGCAUCUCCUCUACACCACCUACUGCCCGCAAUUCAAAACCUUCGCUGGCCAGGACGUCUACAGACUUUAGACAUCAGGAGUGUCACAGGGCGGCGAGAAGUUGUUCUCCUUGAUGGGGCUCACAAUGUCCAGUCUGCAGAGGUUCUUGGAUCAUAUGUGGAUAACAGGCUGCGUAAAGGGGCAAGUAAAGUUACCUGGGUCCUUGCGGCUUCGAAAGGAAAGGAGCUCGAGGGCAUUUUGAAACCUCUGCUGUACCCAGGUGAUUGUGUUGCGGCUGUGAAGUUUGUUCCUGUUGAUAGGAUGCCUUGGGUUGAAGCAAUGGCCCCUCAGGACAUUCUAGCUGCUGCUUCUGCUUGUGGCCUCGAUACUACGCAACUUCGCGAUGCUGACAGUAACCUUUCUGGCGCUUUGCGUUGGGCAGCUACGGUUGCUGACGGGGGACCUUUGGUCAUUGCUGGAAGUUUGUACCUAGUAUCCGAUGUGCUCCGACUUUUACGGGAUGCGGAGCAGCUUAAGAGUCAACUUUUGGGAUGAAACCCCGUCUCUCUGUUUUCAGAUUGAGUUCUUGGCCUAUGAAUUAAUUUGAAAGUCCCAGAAGAAGGUGGACAAUGAGGAACAAUGUUCAUUUCAAGUCCUUCAGUGGCAUUUCAUUCGAAGGACGUCUACA